AUGGAGGCCCCGCGAGCGUUGGAAGCGACUGAACAGGCGCUACGGACGCGCGUGCAGGCCGUGUCCAUGCGGCGACGGCCUACAGAUGACGACAAGAUGUCUGUGAAGUCUGCGCCGGGUUCCAAGUGGAUUCGUGGUCGUCCGAAACAGUCGCGAAGUCGUGAACCGCUGGAUGACGACCGCUGCGGUGUACCAACGCUGGAGAGUUGUGCGUCUCCCGGUCGAGUGACGUCUGGCUCGAUUGUGUCGAAUGACAGCAGCACGAGCAAAGCGAGUGGGUGGAAACACAACAAGAAGCAGAAGCAGAAGAGCCACGACCAGCGCCUGGGGAAUUACUGCACUACUGUCAGCAGUAGCAACAACAGUUUCACUAGUCGAAGCAAUGACAUUUACUUUGCUCCGCACUCGCCCGUGCCAUCGAUCGUCUAUUCGGUACAAUCACAGACGGGAAGCAGCAUCUCGCACGUCUCUGAGAGAAGAGGAGCAGUCUUGACGGACGUGGCGGGCCCGAGCUUUGCUCUGCCAUUGUUCCAAAAGGAAUCAAUAUCGAAGGCGUCCACAGGUACGAGAUCGUAUCGUCGAGGGCGGGAUUUGGAGCGAGGACACGAGUUUAAUGAGAACGAAGACGAGGAAGUGGAUGAUGACGAUGACGACCAGCGAGCGCUCGACGACACCACAGGAGAUAGCAUACAGUUUUUUCUGCAUGGACCGCCUCAUGUUUCCAUCGAAGAAGCGCAAAAGUACACGUUUGCAAUUGUUCUGAAACACACGGAGCAGAUUUUUCAAUUGCUGAAGCGGCGCUUUCCAUCGCGCUCGGCGGCUUCGAUACGACGGGAUUUGCCGCACCACGUCAGUAUGCUGCAGCAAAAGUGUGUGCGACGACUGAUCCAAGCUGGACUGGGCGUGAUUCUGCUGGAUGAUGGGCUGUACGAUAGCUAUUUGGACGCCCAGCGGGUAAAUCGCAACGACCAGGACCCUAAGGGCGGAGAGAAGAAGGAUGUGGCCAGAAACUUGUGUAUUUUGGUUGACCCCAAGAAAAAUCCGGACUUGCUGCUGCAUGAGUUUAAACGUGAGCUGGACGAGUUGUCCAUCAAGCGUGGUGACGCACUCGGGCGGCUGGCGGAAGAGUCUCUUGACUCGCUGAAGGGGAUGUGUUUCUCGCCGGCGUUGGAGCUGCAACUCACGCACAAUAUCAUAAUGAACGCUUUUAAGGAUUACGACAAGGAAGAAUGGGUUAUUGACGUCAACAAGGAGCUCACCGUGACCGACGUCAUUGUCGAGUGCUUCCCUCUGCACGAUCGUGCGUUCAACAGAAAGUUUUUCGACGAGUAUCGCAAGCGGACGUUUGAGUUGAAUUUGCGUAAAGCUGCAGCGGGUAACAGCGAUCGCUGGGCAGUGGAGGAACUCCGCCUUCACUUCGGUGAACGCGUUGCGUUCCUCUUUGCAUUCAUGCACAUUUACACCAAACACUUGUUGCCGCUUACGGUGUCAUGCCUUUUCUACUACCUGUGUUUCCGCUUUACGUCAGAACCGCUGUGGAAGGAGUAUAUGGAAGGGCUGGCAAUCAUUGGUGUAUUUGUGGUCUGUUUCUGGGGGCCGUCCUUUCUCGUGUGCUGGGCGCGCGAGACGCGUUUGCUCGUGGAGAAAUGGAAUUUGGCCAAGUACAAGAAUACUGUGUACGAACGCAAUGACGAUAAUCCUGGUUUCAAGUACAUAUGGGUGAAGAAUCGGCUCACGCAUGAAAUGGAGAAGAUUCCCAAGCAGCGCAAGAAUCACUGGAUCCAGCUCACCAUGUUGGUCUUCGUUCUUAUAUGUGCACUCAUCCAGUGCGUGUGUCUUGUUCCGUUUAUCCAGUGGUACGUGUACGCCAAGAAUGCCCCUACAUGCGAUGCGUGCAAUGGCGACAGUGAUGAGUCCUACCCUUGCAUCUGGUUUAUGACGUGCUUUAACUCGACCACUUCAGCAUUGGGUACAGAUCGGUGGGUGUACAUUUUGAUCCAAGGCAUCAUCCUCGGCUUGCUCAUUGACAUCAUUUUCUUUGAGCUCUUCAACUGGAUGUCGGAAAAGUUUGUGCAGUGGGAAAACUAUGCGAAAAAGUCUGACCACGAAAACCGUCUCAUUCACCGUCGCUUUGUGUUCGUGUGGAGCAAUUGGUUUUUCUGGUUUCUUUUCAUCUCGUUUGUCUACAUGCCAUUUGGCGAUACGAUUUUGGAGCUCUUUCAUAAGUUCGGCCUUGGCGCGCUGGCACCAUACGAUUGGAACCCAAAUCUCUUGACGGUCGACACAUUAUUUGUCACCCCGCUUGUGGUCACGCAAUUGCUUAACAUGAUUCUGGAGACGAUCGCCCCCUAUUUACUCCGCAAACUCCGAGGUCGCCCUUCUAUUGGCUGUCGCCAGGCUUCACCGUUUACGUGGUGUGUGCGCCACCUAUCGCGGUGUUUCCGCUUCCGGGCACGCCCGCCACAGUCCAUGCAACCUGCCAAUGGUAACAUUCCGGAGACAAGCAGUGUCGUCAGCGGCCUUGUUAAGCCUGAAGUUGUUGAGAACCGCGUCCCUGUCACACAUCUGACAGCCACCCGUCUAGCGCACUCAGUUGAAAAGAAUACGGGCUUUCUUGUGAAUGUGCUGCCGAUGUCAGAUGACUCGAACAAAUAUUCGGCAUACGAGAUUUUGGCAGAGGUAAAGCUACCGAUAUUCGACCCGGUGCUGGAUUACUUGGAUGCUUGUAUCCAGUUUUCGUAUGUAAUGAUGUUCACGGUCGUUUGGCCGUUGCUACCGUUUCCAGCUUUUCUCAACAAUAUAUUGGAAGUACGCGGCGAUGCGUUCCGCCUGCUGUUUGCAAACCGGCGGCCGAUGCCGCGGCGAGACACAUCAAUUGGCGAGUGGGCCACGGUGCUUGCGUAUGCUAACAUCAUCGGCGUGACGGUAGUGUCAGCUUUCGUCGUGGUGUACCAUUACGGAUACUUUCGAACCGAUUGCAACUUUACGUUUACUAACGCGUACGUUGUGCCAUUUGGAAUUAUCGAGCGUGACGAGACUGCCGAUCCUAGCUCGUGUGUGAAUGCCAGUGAAUCACCGCGAUGGCGCAUGUUUCAGAUUGUGCUGUUUGUCGUGCUCGAACAUGUGAGUUUCUGCGUACGGUACUUGGUGAUGCAAGCCGAGAAGACGCCUGCCUCCAUUCGAAGCUCGGGUUACCAGCGACUGAAGCAGAUUCAGCAUUUGACGGCGACCCCUGCUGCUCCCCCCUCUCAGCUUGAGUACGUGCAGCGUCUGCGUGUGCUGUUUGAAAAGCACGACGUCGAUGGUGACGGCCACCUGGGGGAAUUUGAGCUCAUUCAGCUCCUGGCGGCCUGGUUAUGCAAACACCCGUCUGAGUUACUGCCGUUCUCGGGACUCAUCUUUCGUUACAUGGAUAAGAACAAACUGGGUAAAGUGCCGUUCUCAACAUGCUGUCUCAUGAUGCAGCACGUGAAUCAUGACCGGUUCUUUUCGUGUUUGCUGGGCCUAUACGACCCGCUUCACGGAGCCUACAACGACGAAAUACGUCGUACGUGCGAUCCCAUUGAGCUGCAUCGUGUACUGAGCGAGGCAUCAUCCGAGGCACAGCUGCGCCGCAGCACCAUGAGUCGCGCUUCUGAGGCCACGGACACCUCACGAUUGCGUGACUCGACCUUUUUUUACGUAGACAAUUGA